UAGUCUUUUACACACGUCCCGCUCUUCGCACAUGCGAUAGGUCGACACGGGGGCCUUGUCGAGCCCGCCCUUCUGAAAAACUACCGGAAAAGUUUACUACCUUAUAGCUUUGUCGAGGGCAUGUGGGUUACUGCAACGUGCGGUAGUAAUGUUUUGAUUUCUGUGUGUAGGCAGUAAGUAACCCUUUCCUGUACAUCAGUGGUAGUUUAUUGUUUGCAAAGGAGAAGAGUAAUAUGUAGGCAACAGUUAGCACGUGCAGUGUAUUUGCAUAGCUAUGCCCCGUGUUAGCAAACGCGCUCGUAGAGAAGAUGUCUCCGUGGAACUCGCCUGUGAGUGGGGAUCCUGCCAAGAAACCUUCUGUGACAUGCAGACGUUUUGUCGUCACGUAGAGGAACACCAGAAAACGUGGACUCACUGCUUGGACACUGAAGAGGAUAUUGCAGACUUUGAUUGCCAGUGGAGGGACUGUGGACUCUGUGCGAUGGACAGUGAUGCGGAGUUAUUGAGACAUGCGUUCUUCCACUGUUACCACACCAAACUGAAGCAGUGGGGACUGGCCAUCCUUCAGACACAGCCCGCCCGUGGCACCUGUUCUGUGGGUCUGUACAACCGCAACAUACUACCUGAGGUCACUGACAACUUGACGUGCCUUUGGGAGUACUGUGGGGUCUCCAUGAACAAUCCUGAGUGGUUCUAUCGCCAUGUGGAGAACCAUGCCCAGUCCCUGAGCAGUGCAUCCACCGGGAAACUAGAGAAAACUAUUUGCUGUGGCUGGACAGAUUGCAAAGCUUCCUUCAAGGGGCAGUUCAAGCUGCGUGAGCAUCUCCGCAGCCACACUCAGGAGAAGAUCGUGGCAUGCCCAUUCUGCGGAGGGAUGUUUGCCAACAACACAAAGUUCUUUGACCACAUCCAACGGCAGACCACCACCGAGGACCAGACAUUUCAGUGUUCCCACUGUUUGAAGUACUUGGCUACAGAGAGACUAUUGCGAGACCACAUGAGGAACCAUGUUCACUCCUACAAAUGUUCACUGUGUGACAUGACUUGUCCAUCACCAUCCGCUGUCAAAAAUCACAUGAGAUUUCGGCACAGCACUGAAAAACCUUACAGCUGUGACCUCUGUGAUUACAGCUGUAAAAAUGAAUUUGACUUGCAAAAACACAUGGACAAGCACAACUAUGAACCAGCCUAUCACUGUGACCAUGACAACUGUGAUUUCGCCACACGUUCCAUGCAGUCCUUCAAAAGUCAUUACAAAAGGGUUCACGAGCUUGGAGAUUCCGCACCCCGGUACUUGUGCCACGUGUGUGAGCAGUCUUUCUCCAGGGGCAACAAUCUCACCGUCCACCUGCGCAAGAAACACCAGUUUAAAUGGCCUUCAGGACACCCCAGGUUCAGGUACACGGAGCACGAGGACGGCUUCAUGCGGCUGCAGCUGUUCCGCUAUGAGAGCUAUGCGGAGCUGAUGGAAAGCCCAGGGGCCGGAGACUCCACAGACCAGCCUGCCCAGGGCAAAGACUCCGUGCCGCCUGGAUGCGCAAACGGAACGGGUGGGCAUCUCUCUCCUGCAGGUGGACCACACGGAGCCGGGAGAAAUACUGGAACUGUUGCUGAGCAACCAGAGGAUGGGACUAUGCAGGAGUACAUCGAGAAGGUGUGCAGUGACCUGCUGCGUGAGGAGACGCGUGCGUCGGGAGAGGAGGACGAUGUGUUGAGGCAGCUGGGCGUGGAUGUGCCCUGACCUGGAGUCUUGGGACUGAGUCUCUUGCUGCACUUUAAAUGUAAUUAGCAAACCUAAUGGAUUGAUUAGGGUGAUUAGUUUACUUAAUGGGAAGUCUGUGUUUUCUCAUCUCAGGAAGUCUCAUCUACAUUCCCCUGUGAUCCAAAUUUUACAGGUAGUGGGUCUUAGGCGAGGCUUGCUUAUGAACCUUGAAACUCACAAAGCAGCUCUGAUUCAUAUGAUA